CCGAUGAGGGAGAAGUAGCUCCUGCGGCUCGCUACCCUGAUCGCAGUUUGCCAUCUUUGCGUGGGCGGUGUGACCAUCUCGCGGUGUAGGAAUGAAUUCCCAGGGGAGAGAAAAGGAAAAGAUUGCGAGAGAGGCCGUCCCUCGUUUGGCAGUGAACGGGCGGGAGCAAGUUGAACAACGUGCAUGAGGAGAAGGGGGAUUAGCUCUCCUUCGUAGGAGGAUACAUACCGAGGAUGCAAACGACCUCGCCGGGUUAAUCCUUUACCUUGUGCGCUUCCAUUCAAGUGUUCUUCCUCCCCCCCCGAUGUACAUCCAGUACCGACUGUUCAGCGAGCACUCCCUGUGGAGGCUGCUCGAAAUAAACAGAAGCGAGAACUACAUCUUGGCCAGCGAGCUGAAGCACAUCAUCUGCAAGCAGAGCAACAUCAACUACAACAGCAAGAUUGACAUUUACUUCUCCCUGUACAGGGAAGGAGCAGUUGGCGUGGACAGCGCAGUUGGCGGGUUGACGGGGUGGCCUUCCUAAACGGCGAGGACAAAGUGCACAACGGGGCGAAGAUCCUCAUCCACAGGCACAUCAAGAAGAAGUCGAGUCUGAGCGACAUCACACAUGAGGCGAAGAAGGAGAUCAGCGUGGACGUGAAGGAGGAGCAAAAGAUAAACAUCCCCAGUGAGUUCCUAUGCAAAAUGUGCAGCUACAUUCUAAUCGAUUCGCACAUCCUUGUGUGUAGCAACAACUGUGGCUACUCCGUUUGCAAGACCUGUAUCCUCUUCUACAUUUUGAACCACCUCGUUGUUCCGGAUGGGAAGAAGACAAGUGCCAGAUUAGAGAUAUCAAAACUGAAGGACAACUCUGUGCAGUGCCCCCUCUGCAAAGGUACCCUCAGGUACUGCAUUUGGAAUAAAAAAUUAGAAUUAACUUUAAAAAAAAUUAUAGAAGAAAGGAAAGAUAUUGACUCCUUUAAACUUAACGUUGACGAGAGGAAUACCCGCUUGUUACGUGUUGUAGAGAAGCUUAGGAUAGAAAAUUUCUCCCCCUCUGGUAGUACCUCCAAAGAGAAUAUCCUUCAGAGUGACGUCUUCCAAGCGAUUGAAGCUAAGUACAUUCUCUCCAGCGCAAACAGGAAGGAAGAUGAACCCCCUAGGGAGGGAGACGUAAAAAUUGCUAACCACUUCCUCUACCUGAUGACCAACAAUAGGCAAAAUUGCACAAAAGAAUUUAAUAUGAUUUUUCUAGAAUUUGAAAGUCCCAUUUUUGAAACGGUGCAGAAGAUGAGUGUGAGGGCUGCGUAUAAUCACCAGGUGGGGAAGACCGCCGGGGGGGGAGCGGCACCGUCGGGGGGAGCGGCCAACCAGCUACUUCACACUAAUGAUAAUUUGGCCAAUACCCGUUCGGGACGGAGCGCAGUUGUGGAGCGCACCGAGGACGACGUCGACGAAGAUCUGUACAGCCAGGACAAAACGUACGUCAUGCCAAUCUCCUUCGUGGGGGGGGAAACGUCCUACUCGCUAAUCGGCGUCUUCUGUGUGAAGCGCCCCUUCAAGCAGGUGUCCCCCUCGAGCAGCAGCAGCGAAGAGGUGAAGCAGCGAGCCGUUUUGGAGACCUUCCUGCAGAAGUGGUUCUCCGAUGAGGUGAGGGCUAAUCAGAACCCAUCUGAGGUGCAGAAUCCGCGCGAGCUGCUCACCCCCCUGGAGAGACUCAAAUCCGGAGAUGUGUACACCCUAGAGUGGGUGCUCAAAUACGAAAAGACGUGCUUCUUCCCCGCGAGGAAACAGCCAAUUCAUAACAUCAUCAAUAGCAGAAGGCAAAGGGGCAGAAAAAGGAACAACAUAGAAAUUGUCCUCGACUUGAGGAAGUUUCUAGAGGUUGUUCUAAGUGUAAAUAAUUAUAUAAAAUAUGGGAGUCGCCCAAAUAAUUAUGAGACGAAGAAGGGGGGGGCUGCCCUACCCUCCACUGUAGAGGAUGAAGAGGGGAAAAGGAAAGUGGCACCAACCCGGGGGGAUAACAAGCAGGGAGAUCCCUCUUCAUGGCUACACAACAUUGGCGGUGCUGAUGCUAAGGGGAAUCAAAACGAUGUGGUGAAAGAAAGGCUAGCAAGCUUCCCCUCUUCCGGGGCGGCAGCAUCAACUGGGAUGACGAAGCAGAGCGAGUUCCAGGAGAUCUUCUCACUUCUGUACAACACGAGGGUCCCCCCCGUGACAAUUGGGGGCACCUUCAACGUUAGCAACCCCUACGCUGACUACUGUGCCCUCUUGCCGUUUUUAACAAAGGGGGACUUUCUAUUCCUACGGAGGCUCCAGCGCAUUUACAAGGAGAAGUACCUGCGGCAGCUGUACCGGCACGUGCGCAGGAACGACCUCAGCAUGAACAUAUUCUUCAACGCCGUCAACCAGGUCUUCUUUUCCGGCGCCAGGUGGGGGUAG